CCCUCCCACGGUAUCUAUCGUACAGUUUGGUACUAAUCACCAAUCAUCGAACGCAGGUACUCGUACUUUAGGGUUCGGAUAGAAUGCUCGUCCUCCUCUGCUUGCCUGCCGGCACACCCGUUCUCGCCUCGGCUUUGCAAGGAAUCUCCGCUCCCCUUUUCGUCUGCCGAUCCGAGAAUCGCCAUCGUUGAACCAACGACGCCCUAGGCAAAAGCACACAACACCACAGCACAGCACACCCAGUUUCGGUUUGAUUUUCCCAAUGAGACUAAGUUUUUCGAGUUUGACGGCAUUCCUAUUGUUGGCUGUUCCCUCCGCAACGACCACCGCCUUUUCCACCUUCGCAGCGAGCACCGGUCCGUCCAAUCCGCAACACUCUCAGAGACACUCCCAGAGACUCUCGCCCAAGACGGCCACCAAAAUGAGCGCCUCUCUGAAACCCUACAUCGAGACCCUCAUCGCUGGGGAACGCUCCCUCACGACGGACGAGACCAAGGAGGCCUUUUCGGAAAUCCUCCAGGGAGCCGACGAGGUCCAGGUCGGGUCCCUCCUGACGCUCCUGCGGCAAAAGGGCGAGACGCCCGACGAGAUCGCCGGGAUGGUCCAGGCGAUGAACGACGCCUGCAACGCCGUCGAUCUCGGCGACCGAAAACUCCUGGACAUUGUCGGAACCGGCGGGGACGGGGCCGACACCAUCAACAUCUCGACCGCCUCGACCGUCCUGGCGGCAGCCUGCGGCUGCACCGUCGCCAAGGCCGGAAACCGCUCCGUCAGCAGCGCCUGCGGAUCCGCCGACGUUCUGGAGGCCCUCGGCGUCAAGAUCGACCUCGAUCCCUCCCAGGUGGUGGAGUGCGUCGACAAGGUCGGCGUCGCCUUUAUGAUGGCUCCGGUGAACCACCCGGCCAUGCGCUUCGUCGCCCCGGUCCGCAAGAAGCUGGGGGUCCGGACCUGCUUCAACAUUCUGGGACCCAUGACGAACGCCGCGGGGGCCCAGCGGGCCGUCAUCGGGGUCUUCCACCCCGAGCUCCUGGAGCUCAUGGCGGGGGCCCUCCAGAAGGUCGGCCGCGUCGACCACGCCGUGAUCAUCCACGGGGUGGGACUCGACGAGAUCAGCCCGCUCGGGCCGGCGACCAUCCUCGAGAUCAAGAACACCGCGGCCGAGGGCGAGGCAAAGGUCUACGAGACCAACCGGUUCGAGUUCGACCCCGAGACCGUCGGCAUCCCCCGCUGCGAGCUCAUCGACCUCAAGGGGGGCGGCCCGAAGGAAAACGCCGACAAGUUCCGCGACGUCCUGCUGGGGGGCGACCACACCGACGCCAAGCGGGAUUCCAUCGUCCUCAACGCCGGGGUCGGCUGCUGGGUCUACGGGCUGGCGGACAGCAUCGAGGAGGGCUGCAAGCUGGCGAGGGAGACCCUCAACAGCGGAAAGGCCUCGGACCUCCUGCAGGACUGGAUCGCCGCCAGCCAGGAAAUCGCAUCGGCUUCCGAAUAAAAGACAGGCAGCGAAAACAAAAGCGGCGGCCGUGGUGGCACGGGGAUGCGGCAGCCAUCCCACUCUGGUAGUGCGGCCGUGGGCAACACCAAAUCAUACGACGAGAGGCGACGCAAGGCAUGGCGAGGAAGAGAACGAACCUUGCGUUGGAUGGACACGAAAAAAAAAAAAACUCCAGCGCAAACC